AUGACUGUAAGAGAUGGAGCUCAAGAGGGUUUAAGCUGGACGGCUGCAGUCAGCUACAUUGGCUCUUCAGAUAUAACUGACCCGCGAGGGUGCCGCUUGUCUUUGACUUCCGCUUCCUCCACCGCCUUCUUCCAGAAGGCUAAGCAGCAGGGAGUUGCUGCUGCACAAAGCAGCGUCUUUGCAGCAACAGUGCGGGUUGCAACAGCAGGAGCAGCAGCAGCAGCAGCAAACCUGCAGCAGCAGCUGCAGCAGCAGCAGCAGCAAACCGGCAGCAGCAGCGGCAGCAGUUCCCGUUUCACUGCCGCUGGCCUUUUAGUGUCAAGGCAGCAAAGUGAACAGCAGCAGCGGGAGCUGCAUUGGCAGCGUACUAUUACGACCAGCAGCAGCAGCAGCAGCAGCAGCAGCAGCAGCAGCAGCAGCAAUGGUCCACUUUGUGCAGCUGCAGGUGGAGGGCAUGACCUGCAGCAGCUGCGCGCGCUCCAUAGAAAAUGCGUUGAGAUGUCUCCGCGGUGUAACGGAGCAGCAGCUAAUAGAUUUUAUAGAGGGUCUCGGCUUUACAGCCGCGCGCAGCAGCAAGGGGGGUCUCUGCAAAGGAGACAGCCAAGAGACAGAGGAGCUGUCUCCUCACUUGAAGCCUGCAGCAGCAGCAGCAGCAGCAGCAGAGGAGAAGCAGCAGAGAAGCACACGCAGAAUGGCGAUCUUUCAGGUUCACGUUUUCGCCUCUCGGUUGGAUGCCUGAGCAGCAAAUGCAGUUAUGCUAUUUCAAGUGUCUCCUUGCUGCUGGAGCGUGCAUCUGUGGAGUACUGCGCAGCAGCACCAGGAGCAGCAGCAGCAACAGCAGCAGCAGCAGCAGAUGGCAGCGCCUCGCCAACGUUAACAGCUGAAGAGCUGCAGCAGCAGCUGACAAGCCUAGGCUAUCGAGUUCUGCUGCUCUCAGACCAAGUAGUGCAGCAGCAGCAUGGCAGCAGCAGCGCAGCAACAGCAGCAGCAGCAGCAGCAGCAGAAUCCACAGCUGUCCUGCAUGUCUCCCCAACAGACGUGCGGCGUCUUGGAGACCGCGAGUUGAACCUGCAGAAAGCAGCAGAAGCUGCUGCUGCUGCUGCUGCAGCUGCAGCAGCAGAAGGUGCACGCGGUUGCGCGGCUAUUCCGCGUUGCUGCACGUCCCCUUCUGCUGCUGCUGCUGCUGCUGCUGCUCCCUCGUUGGGAGACAGCCGCGUUGCAGCAGCGUGGGGUGCGGGGUUUAAAACCUUCUUACAGUCUGUCCCUGGAGUUGUAUCUGCUGCAGUUGCGACGGAGAGUGCUGCUGCUGCUGCUGCUGCUGGUGCGUCUUCUGCUGCAGCAGGAGCAGCAGCAAAUGCAAGCAGCAGCAGCCUCUGCGUCCGCAUUGUCUACACCCCUCAGGUAAUAGGGGCUAGGCAGCUGCUGCUGCUGUGCUGCAGCAGCGGCUGGAGUGUUGAGUGGUCUCCCCGGGGGGAGUUGCUGUUUGGGCCUGCAGCAGCAGCAGCAGCAGAGCUGCAGCAGCAGCAGAGACGCUUUGUUGCUGCUGCUGUACCUGCUACUGUUGUUGCGCUCCUUACUAUGGUUAUCCCAAGCCAUUAUCUGGGGAUACUU